AGAAUGUGAUAGAUAGUCAAAAUGGGGUUGAUUUUGAUGCUGAGAAUAUCGGUUCUUGACUCGAGUUUGGAACGCUGCAAUGCGAUAUUGAAACAACUCGAAAGUGGUGACGAUGGGAAAGCGUUGAGUUUUUUCCGAUGGAUGCAGAAAAAUGGAAAGUUAAAGCAAAAUGUUACUGCCUAUAAUUUGAUACUCCGUGUCUUGGGGAGAAGAGGGGACUGGGAUGGAGCGGAGGCGAUGAUUAAGGAAAUGAGUCUGGAGUCGGGUUGUGAGCUUACGUAUCAGGUUUUCAAUACCCUUAUUUAUGCUUGCCAUAAGAAAGGGCUCGUGGAGUUGGGUGCUAAGUGGUUCCACAUGAUGUUGGUGAACCGAGUUCAGCCAAAUAUUGCAACUUUCGGUAUGCUAAUGGCUCUCUAUCAGAAAGGUUGGAAUGUUGAGGAAGCAGAAUUUACAUUUUCAAAGAUGAGGAGUCUCAAUAUUAUGUGCCAAUCUGCAUAUUCAGCUAUGUUGACUAUAUAUACGCGAAUGAGAUUGUAUAAUAAAGAAGAAGAAAUCAAUGGUUUUUUGAGGGAAGAUGAAGUAAUUCUGUAUCAGGAAAAUUGGUUGGUUCUGCUCAAUGCUUAUUGUCAACAAGGCAAGUUAACCAAGGCUGAGCAGGUCUUAGCUUCAAUGAAGCAAUCUGGUUUUUCGCCAAAUAUAGUUGCGUACAACACAUUGAUCACUGGAUACGGGAAGAUUUCCAACAUGCGUGCUGCACAACGCUUGUUUGGUGAUCUUAAAAGGGUCGGAGUGGAGCCCAAUGAAACAACUUACAGAUCUAUGAUCGAAGGGUGGGGAUGUGCAGACAAUUAUGAGGAGGCAAGGAGAUACUAUGUGGAACUGAAAAGACUCAGACACAAACCAAACUCGUCUAAUUUGUACACGAUGCUGAAUUUACAAGUCAAGCAUGGAGAUGAAGAGGAUGUUGUUAGAACUAUUGAGGAAAUGAUGCACUCUGGCAGCGAAAAGUCAACCGUCCUUGGCAUUCUUUUGCAAGCAUACGAGAAGCUUGAAUGCGUUCACAAAGUUCCUUCGAUUUUGAGAGGUUCUUUAUAUGAUCAUGUUUUGAGAAACCAGAUAUCUUGUUCGAGUCUGGUAAUGGCUUAUGUGGAAAACAGCAUGAUAGAUGAUGCAUUAAAAGUUUUAAGGGAAAAACAGUGGGAGGAUGCUUUAUUUGAGGACAACUUGUACCAUUUGUUAAUUUGCUCGUGCAAAGAUUUCGGAUAUCCAGAGAAUGCUGUGAAAGUGUUCACUUGUAUGCUGAAAUCUUAUAACCCGAACUUACACAUAAUACGCACUAUGAUAGACAUUUACAGUACAAUCAACGAUUUUGCUGAAGCUGAAAAGCUUUAUCUAAUGUUGAAUUCAGAUGUUAAACUGGACAUGAUAACUUUUAGUGUUGUGGUAAGAAUGUAUGUGAAAUCUGGAGCUUUAGAAGAAGCCUGCUCUGCGUUGGAUGCAAUGGAGAAACAAAAGAACAUUGUUCCAGACAAAUAUUUGCUCCGUGAUAUGCUCCGAAUCUACCAGCGAUGUGACAAGCAGGACAAAUUGGCGGAUCUUUACUACAAACUUGUGAAAAGAGGAGUCAUAUGGGAUCAGGAAAUAUACAGUUGUGUCAUAAACUGUUGCGCUCGUGCAUUGCCAGUUGAUGAGCUUUCGAGGCUUUUUGACGAGAUGCUUAAACAUGGAUUUUUACCCAAUACAGUCACCUUCAAUAUUAUGCUUGACGUUUAUGGAAAGUCCAGGCUCUUCAAAAGGGCAAGAGAAGUUUUUUUGAUGGCGAAAAAGCGGGGUUUGGCUGAUGUUAUCUCUUACAACACACUCAUAGCUGCAUAUGGAAGAAGCAAAGAUUCAACCGUCGAGAAAAUGCAUUUCAAUGGCUUUUCGGUUUCUCUAGAAGCCUACAAUUGUAUGUUAGAUGCCUAUGGGAAAGAAGGACAAAUGGAGAAAUUCCGUAAUAUCUUGCAAAGACUGAAGGAAUCUGGUCAUUCUUCUGAUCAUUACACCUACAACAUUAUGACAAACAUUUAUGGUGAGCUCGGGUGGAUUGAAGAAGUUGCAAAUGUACUGACUGAAUUGAAAGAAUCAGGAAUUGGACCUGAUUUGUGCAGCUAUAACACAUUAAUAAAGGCAUACGGAAUUGCUGGUAUGGCUGAAAGUGCAGUAGAUUUGGUCAAGGAAAUGCGCAAAAAUGGAAUUGAACCUGAUCGAAUAACCUACGCUAACCUAAUCAAUGCAUUACAGAAAAAUGAUAUGUUUCUCGAGGCUGUUAAGUGGUCUUUAUGGAUGAAGCAGAUUGGAUUGUAAGAUCCAAAUCUGACAAAUAUUGCUGUUAUUAAUCGUGGCUCAAUCAUCUCCGGUUUACAGGUCAGGGCUUGUAUUCUUCUUGUAUAGACACUAUAGUUUCCGGCAAAGAUUUUACUGAGUAACCUGGAGUAUUAGCGAUGCUGGCUUCGCAUGUAAGAGCAGGUCCUAGAAGGCCACAUAUAUGCAGUCGUCUACUUGCGCAAAAAGUUUGUGUAACGUAAUUCAAAGAUACCUGUGUAUUUAUUGUCCCAUAAUACACCGGUUAGUGUAUAGUUGUAACUAUUUCAAGAUGGAAAAUAGCUUACUGUGAUUGUUUAGUUGAUCAUCUGUAUCUCCAGGAAGUCAUCUCUCUGUUGUAAUAAAUCAAAAUGGUAAAAGGCUCUAAACCAUUUAGAGUGUAUUAGCUGCUAUAUAACUGAGCCAUUUUUGGUAUAUUUUCAAUAAAAAUCUCUGCCAUUUUGUUUUCU